UUUACAUAUAUACAUGUACAAUGGAAAUUUCGAACUACAUGUACAUGUACGCAUAUAAACAUCAACUUUCGCUCCUACCGUAACCUUCUGUGGCUUUAUGUGCAUGAGAAACAGACUCUGAUCACGAGCAACUUUUUACAGUGGAAGCUGCCUCAUGUUAGAUAUCAGAAAAUAACUGAGAGAUGUAUUACAUUGUACAUUACUUUCUGUUACCAAGCACUGGUCGAUAUGAAUGUUGCCUUCAUAUAUUUCGUAAACGUCAUAAUCGAUUGGUACAUUCUAAAACCAGAUUUAAGGUCUCAAUCCGUAAAUUCCGUUUUGGUUUGCGCUUUUAUGUGCCACCAGCAGAAAUGCACGACUUUUAAUGUUCUGUUAGACGAUAAUCAUAUCAUUUGCCAGAUGAGCAAGCGGAAGGGAACAUGCAUGGAAAAGACAGAUGCAUCUCCUUAUCCUGGGUUCCGGAUGUAUCAAGUGAAGGAUCGCAAGAAAUUUUUCUACCGCCUUACCAAAAGGUUGCCGUUCAUACCUUCGUUCAAUCCACAGAAAGGCUGGACCUACGAUGAGAACAGUGGCAAAAUGUCUCUAAUGAAGACCAUUUCAGAAAUGUCUCCUGAGAGAGUUAUAGUCGUAUACGAGUUGAGUACCACUUGUUACAAGAUUUUGUACAGCGCAAAUUUCAAUAUAGGGCACUUGAAGAGAUUCAGUGUAUUUAAGCAAUUCAUGGUAUUGGGGUGUGCCACUGGUGUCAAGCUUACGAAACUUUUACACCAUAUUUUUGAUCCCGCAAAAGGUUCUAUUUGCGGACAAAUCAUUAUUCCUAAAAGUGAUGCUUGUUUCAUGGCUUUAAGCGUUGUGACAUUCGGAUGCCAGGGAAAGGUUUUGGUCCACUGUAAGGUACGGGGUAGAAUAGCAGCAACUGUUUAUGACAUAAAAGAGUUGAACCAGACUAGAAAUGUUUUAGUCGUUAUGGAAAAUGGCAUAAAGGUCUCUUUAAGAGGAUUUAUAGUCACAAUGUGUGAAGAUAUUUACCUCUUAGAACAACGAGGGAAAAUAAUGUAUAUCAUAUCGUAUUUUAAGUCAAAAGUGUACCAACCGGCGAAGUAUCCAAUAAAAUCAGAAUGGAGCAGUCAAAUACGUGGUCUCCAACUGAAGUUCAACAGAGUUUACGAGUUACUGUUUGCAGUCGGAAGGCCUGGACCUCGAGUGUUUGGGCUUAGGCACUCCCACCGAAUAAAUGGUAUUAAGAGAGAACCAGAUGAACUCGAGUACCGGUACAGAGAGGUCCAGGUAUCCUUCUCCCCAUCACAAUUCGUCAUAGAUCACAAUAAUUUGAACCUCAACCCAACUGAUGGGUCAUUUUUGCAUUUCAUCCAGUCCUCAUCAAACAAACCCGGUAUUACGGUGCUGUAUCACUCAGUAGAUAUAUACAGUGCAGAAUUCUAGCACAGCUAGGACAAUUACUUUGAAGCUAAAUGCGGACUACCGAAUAUUAUCCUUCCAGACGCAGUGGAAUCGGCCCUUCAUCUCUCCAUAUAUUCAUGAGUAAGUAAAAAGAGGAUGAAGAAAUUGGGCUGCCUCAGGUGGCUAUAACCUGCAGAAAUAGGCCUCUUAUAACAUUAUUUCUAGAGAAUAGCUACCGUCGUUCUGUCACCAGCAUCUCACCUUGGGGUUUUAUUGACGUGCAUGGCCGUCACGGGAUGGCUGUCCUAAAUUGCACAAUCACACUUUCGGAUACAUUGAAGUAAAACAAAUUUGAAAUGUGUGUUUGUGUUGAAAUUUUGGAACUAUAUAAGAAAUACCGUGGCUUUAGUUCAUCGGUUGAGUAAGUGGAAGAUAACAUGUGUGGAAAAGGUUUUAACCUUGCAUUGUAGUUUAGAGUAACUCUUAAGAUUGGAGGCUUUCGACCAGCAACCAGGUGUCAGUCUUCGUAACUCUCAAAAAUCGCUUUUUCUACAAGAGUUAUCCAAGUUAGUCAGGGCAGACUGUACAUACAUGUGACAGUUCUCUUCUUGAGGCAUGGGAAAUUCCAGAGAGGGGUGUCCACUAUCGGGCCAACCCCUUGUCUGCUAUUGCCCUGCUCUUCCUUAUCAGCUCAGCAUGCAAGGUACAUGUUUGUGACUGUGUUGGAACUGAUCAUUCAUUCCAUCAAUCAAAUGGAAAUUGCCAUUGUCACAAUUCACAUCAAUUAAGUGGAUUUAUGUGGUGUCACCAACUGAUGAAAUGUCACCAAAUUGUAUGCGUUUUUUAUUUUCACAACCAUAAUAAAAAACGGCCAUGGACCAUUGUGCUCACCGUAUAGAUAUUUGGUUAGGAAUUCAUCCCGGUUAAGAAACAUGCAACAUGUAUAGUAUAGGUCAAACCAAAGUCGGUAUGGAAUGUGAUGUUUCGCUGCUUGGAGUACCUACCAUAAAAAUAUAAUCGAAAACAAGACAUCAAUAAGCGCGAUAUUGCCGUUUUUAGUGAAGAAACAGAUCGGAUCCAAAUUCGGUGUCGUAGGGAGUCAUGUGUACCAAAUUUCAAGUUCAUAGCUUUAGCGGUUAAGAAACGUGCCAUAGUUACACUCAAACGGCCAAUUUACGCCAUUUUACUUCUGUGACCUUGAAAAGUAAGUCAAAUCAAAAACCCGUAUGAUAUGUGAUGUAUCCUUGCUCCGAGAACCUAUCAUAAAAAAUUUAUCGAAAACGAGUCACUCAUAAGAGAGAUAUCACACUUUUUAGGUUUCCACUUCUGGUCCCCUGGUGGCCAAAUCAAGAAAAAGAUCGGACUGAAAUUUGCUGUCAGAGGUAACAUGACAUAGGCAGUCAUGUGUAUCAAAUUUCACGUUCAUAGCUUCACGUGCAAUAGUUACACUAUAGCGGCCAAAUCACACCAUUUGACACAUGUGACCUUGAAAAUUAGGUCAAAUCAAAAACCCGUACGAUAUGUGAUGUAUCCUUGGUAGGAGAACCUAUCAUAAAAAAAUUAUCGAAAACGAGUCACUCAUAAGAGAGAUAUCACACUUUUUAGGUUUCCACUUCUGGCCCCCUGGUGGUCAAGUAAAGAAUCAGAUCGGACCGAAAUUCAUUGUCAGAGUCAACUGACCUGGGGGUCCUGUGUACAAAGUUUCAAGUUCAUAGCUCUAGCGAUUAAGAAACGUGCCACUGUUUUUGACACAGGAUACAGACGACGACGACGACGAAAUUUUCGUUGUACGUUAUGCAUGAUAAAUUCAAGGUUUGGGGGUCUGAACAUAGGGGGGCGCUUUUUUCA